UAGAACUCUAACUAUGCACUCCAAACGGGAAGAAAAACUUUAUUUGACAAGUUUAAGUAAUCUCUCGGAGAGAUAUAGGGAUAUGGCGAACUCUAUGAAGGAGAUUGUGGAGCUAGCCGAAGAUGAGUUUACUGUGGAAGAAAGGAACUUGUUCUCCGUGGCCUAUAAAAAUUUAAUAGGCCCUUUGCGUUCUGCUUUAAGAAUUUUUGCAAAUGUUAAGAAAAAUGAAGAAAAAAAUGGAUCAGAGAGGGUAGCCUACAUAACCGAGUAUAUGAACAAAAUUGAGAAAGAAAUUAAGGAUAUCGUAGACGAAGUUAUUGAAGUUACGCAACACUUAAUAACUAAGUGCGGUACCUCUGAAGGAAAAGUUUUCUUUUUAAAAAUGCAAGGUGACUAUUAUCGGUAUCUCGCGGAGUCUAAAAGCGGCCAAGAGAGACAAGAAGCCUCGGAUAAUUCCAAGCAGCAAUACCAAGAGGCUCUUGAGAUAGCCAAAAAGGACCUUGAGCCCAUGAAUUCCAUUCUCUUGGGCCUGAUCUUAAAUUAUUCUGUAUAUUAUUACGAGAUUGUGGAAAAUAAAGAGAUGGCUUGCCAGUUAGCUCAAAGCGCUCAUGACGAAGCUUUAAACCAACCACAGCAGGAAGAUAGUGGCACCAAAGACUCGGCCCUUAUCCUCCAACUUAUCAAAGACAAUCUGAAUCUUUGGCAAUCCGAUCAGAAGGAGGAAGAAGACGACUGAACCUUCCUAAUUUGAUAUAUCGUUAAU